GCGGGAGGUUUUUCAAUGGCUAUAUAAAAGCUUGAGGUGCAAAGUUGUGAGAGAAGAGUGUUUUGUUUUUUUUUUUUCUUUGAGUGUGUUGAGAAGCAUCCAAGGCGGUUUUGUUUGCAAAAAAAGGAGGAGAGAAGAAAAUGAGUCAGAAAGUGUUACUGUGCAUCUCGGUGUGCCUCAUUGCUGCGGUUGUGGCGGAAAAUGAUGGAAAUUCUGUCUCACAUGAAUUACCAUCGUUGACAAAUUAUUCCAACUUUGGACCACUCCAUGUUGUUCCGCCUCCAGAGAUGAGAGGGCAACCUCUGGGUAAGGCACCUCCAAUUGUAAUUACAAAGGAAUCCAUUCCAUUUCCAACACUGUCGCCAGAGCAGCACAAGAUUCACAUGGAAGUACUCCAAGAAUUCCAACUACAUCAUCCACAUGUACACGAGGAACCCAUGCAUGAGAACGAGCCAAUAGCUGCAGAGGAAGCUCCACUAGGACCUGGAAGUCCUCUGGAAGUGGAGGAUGAGCCACAGAAUACAAAACAGAAUGAAAUUCCUCGCUAAAGGAAUUAAAUUACAAGGAAUAUAACCAGAAAAAAAUCAGACAAUAUGGGUUCUAAAAUUAAAUUUUCUUCCCAUUCUACCUUACCAGCAUCAAACAUCGAUAAACCUUGCUAUAAAAGCGCCAUUGACCUUGCUAUAGCUCUGUGUUAGCUUUUUCUCAACACUAGCAUAUUUUCCAGACAGUAGAACAAAAAGAUACAUAUAAAUACAACAGUGCAUUUGCUUACCUCGAAGACAUGAUUCCUGAAUGAAGCAUAGAGAACAUCCUCAUUUCUGAGAUGAGUCAUGAAUUUAACACCGGCAAAGUGGCACAAACAGCAAUUAUCAUCCACAACAACACUGUAUUUUGAUCUGAGAAUGCAAGAAAAAAGAAAUAUUAAUUUUAAUUAAAAGAAAAAACAUAAAAUAUAAAAAACAUUAAAAACAAGCUAAUAAAAUUUUUAAAAGACCUUAUAGAGAGUUUCUUAGGGUAAAUUCUAAGAAAUAAUAAAUUUCUUGCUUAUAUUUCCUCUAAGGUGGAUUAUAUAAUAUUUGUUUCAAAGGAAUUAAUUGAGGAUUUGUGAAAGAAUAAAAAGAGUGCCCUUGGUUUCGAACCCAA